AUGCAUUUCCCAUUACUUCCAAGCUCAAUACUCGUCGCUCUUGCAUUACAUAGCGGGUUGACUUCUGCUGCGGACGACAAAGUCGUGGAACCAUGUACUGUACAGUCUUCGAGCGGGGCUUUUUAUGAUCUCAGAACACUCUCUGUAUUACCAGUACCAGAAGGAAAGAAGCCUAAAAAGACCGAUCGAACGGAAGACUACCACGCAAGGGGAUAUGACAUCCCAUAUAACUUCACAUUAAAUAUAUGCGCGCCUCUGUUGGGAAAGCAGGACGACUUGGUGGGGAUCUCGAAGAAGCUGUCACACAAUGCGAGUGCCUUUUACGAGAAGGGAGACGAGAAAUUCUCAAUAGGCCAACAGUCAUCAAACCUCACGAUACGCGGAAAACGAUUAGUUCUACAAUACACAAACGGUUCGCCAUGCGGACAAAGUUCGAAACGAGAUUUUAGAUCAGACGAUGACGACGAUGACAAGAAGAAAGGGAAGAAAGAAGGGUCAGGAAGAAAAUCAACCAUAAUCUCAUUCCACUGUGAUAAAGAUCCUCUGGCCAGCGCCCCUUCCGUAUCAUUCGUUGGUGUCGACCCAGAUGAAUGCGCCUAUAGCUUCGAAGUUCUUUCAAAAGACGCUUGUAUCGGUUCGGCUCCUGCCGCGAAAGGCGUUGGACCUGGGGCGGUCUUUGCCAUUAUUGGGGUUAUUGCUAUUCUAGUCUACUUCCUAGGUGGUGUAUUCUAUCAACGCAACGUAUCACACGCAAGAGGAUGGAGACAACUGCCCAAUUACAGCAUGUGGGCAGGAAUUGGAAGUUUUAUCAAGGAUAUGUUUAUCAUAGCAACAUCAUCAUGUUCAAGUUGUCUCCCAACUCAUCGCGGGUACAGUUCGCUGUCGAUCUCUGCGAAUGACCGAUCACCGGGGAGAGGUCAUGGUCCCGAGGAUGAGAAUAGGCUAAUUGACCAAUUGGAUGAGGAAUGGGAUGAUUAA